GCCGAGGCGCAAAAAUGCAGCUUUCGCAACAGCCUCAGUUUCGUCCUCGGCCGAAUUGGAGUUUCGCUGUAACACGGACCUGAGGAGCUUAUUUUAUUCCCUUUACCCGUUUCUGUCUUAUUUCCGAAUGUGGACGUGUCGAGGAGUGUUUCGGACAGUAAUCAUGAAGCCUUUGUGAUAGGAUGAGAAGUCCAGCACCUCGGUUCAGGGACGUUGAGAAGCAGGCGAACAGCUUGCAAGCCGUUCAGUGUGUUCCUCCCUGUCAUGACCAACAGAGCACCAUGUGGUUUGUUCGGGACGCCUGUGGCAUUGUCUGUGGCGUUAUCACAUGGCUGCUUGUUUUCUUUGCGGACUUUGUCGUGGUGUUUGUCAUGCUGGUUCCAUUCAAGAACCUCACCUACAGCUUGAUGAAUGGUGCAGUCUUUAACAGCCUUGCCUUUCUCGCUUUGGCAUCCCACUUCAGGGCCAUGUGCACAGAUCCUGGCGCUGUGCCAAAAGGAAAUGCCACAAAAGAAUAUAUAGAAAGCUUGCAGCUGAAGCCAGGUCAGGUUGUGUACAAAUGUCCUAAAUGCUGCAGCAUCAAGCCUGACCGAGCUCACCACUGCAGUGUCUGCAAACGAUGUAUUCGAAAGAUGGACCACCACUGUCCAUGGGUCAACAACUGUGUUGGUGAAAAUAACCAGAAAUACUUUGUGCUCUUCACGAUGUACAUUGCACUCAUCUCUUUGCAUGCCUUGGUCAUGGUGGUUCUCCAUUUUUUGUACUGCUUUGAAGAUGAUUGGACAAAAUGCAGUUCCUUCUCACCUCCAGCAACAGUCAUCCUCCUCAUCCUCCUGUGCUUUGAGGGUCUCCUCUUUCUCAUCUUCACCUCUGUGAUGUUUGGCACCCAAGUCCAUUCCAUCUGUACGGAUGAGACGGGUAUAGAGCAGUUGAAAAAGGAAGAGAGAAGAUGGGCUAAAAAAACUAAAUGGAUGAACAUGAAGGCGGUCUUUGGACACCCCUUCUCAAUAGCAUGGUUUAGUCCGUUUUCCACACCUGACCACGGGAAAGCUGACCCCUACCAGUACGUGGUCUGAGUUCAGGAAGAAUAGCCCCUUUCCCUUUCCAGCUUUACGGUAGAGACUGGAGUUCACUGGACCCGUUUAACUCCAAAAACGUUCGCCAGCAUCCGUGAUUGUACUCCUCACUUGAGCAAUGUGUCAUGCAUUACAUUCAUCAGUGGGACUGUUUUAUUGCUGUAAUGAAGCCUAUAUGUGAAACAUUUAUCCCAUAUCUUACCUUUGCAUCCAUUCUAUUUUCCAGAAAAAGUAAACUUCAGGACCGCAGCUCAUUUUACACCAGACGGAGUAACCGCUUAGGCACUGUUGCAGUCCUGCUUGCAUGGUGUUAAUCAGUGCAGUCUUUGACUGCACAAGGUAUCUUCUGUGAAUAAGUUGGCGCUUUGAGCCACCUCUUUUAGAUGAAUACUGGGAGCCAACUUGAUUUUUCUUUCCAGUUUUUGGUAAAUAAAGAAAAAACAAAGUUAGAUCCAACAUAAAUGUGAAAUCUCAUCAGUGUUCUCUCGGCUGGAUGCUUUUAAUCACAUGCAGAUUGAUUGAUUCAGUGAGAUGUUUGAUCAGUGUCUGACUGAUUGGUAUAACUUAAUGAUUUAAAGCCUCAAUGUGAAACUGUUUGACUCAUGUAUGCAUAACUUAAGCAGUAUUUAGUUUACUGCAUCAUUUAGUGUAGUGAAGAAAGUGUGAUGAACACAAGGCAAACUAAUUCGGUUUAGUUGUUGAGGUAUAGCAUGAUUUUUUUUAUUGAAUUUAUAGAAAGGCAAAAACGAUUGUGCUUGAUGCAGUGCUACUAAAGAUGUGUCUUUUUAUUGUUGUAUUGAGCCACAUGACCUGUGCCACUGAAAUGAGCCUGAAAUUACAUCACUAAUCAGGGAGUACUUGUGUUUUGCCAAGCGUGUUGCAUCACUUCUGGUGUAAAAUGGGCUUUAAAAAUGUUACCCAAUAACCUAAUGUACAUGUAUAUUCCGAUUCACAUGUCUAUAUAAAAUGAGAUCGGGAACAAGAGAUUGGAUUACUUCCGUAACAUUUUAAUUUCUGUAAAACUCCAGCCAAACACAUCUUUUGGGUCUUGAUUAUUGAUGAACUUGUGUGUGGGUUUUAUUUUAUUUCAUUUUUUAAAAUUGAAGUUAUUCCUUGUUUUCUUUUUCCAUGGACGGCCCAAACGCAGCCUGCUGUUAGCCAGCCUUCCUGUCCUUUUUAUUCCUCGUCAGGAAGUAAGAGUAUAAAAUGUCAUUAGGAAAAUUUUGGUUGGUAUGUUACUACUGAAGAAUGAGUGAAGAUAUCAUUCUAUGAAGAAGUUAAUGUAUCAGAAACGUCCUAUAAAUCAAGCAGCUGUCCAUAGUGUUGUAGGAACACAUUAAACAAAACACUCCAGGUUCCGAAAUGGAUCUGUGCAAGACAAUUUUAAUUAAAUCAAUAAAUGAUAUAUCUUGGCACUACGACUGCUGAAGGAAAACCAA